UCUGUGCCAUCAGAGGGGUCAGAGGUCAGGAUGGGUCGCUCCUCUAAAGACAAACGGGACAUUUACUACCGACUGGCCAAAGAGGAGGGCUGGAGAGCGAGGAGCGCUUUCAAGCUGCUGCAGCUCGACCAGGAAUUCAACCUGUUUACAGGUGUGAACAGAGCAGUUGAUCUGUGUGCAGCUCCAGGCAGCUGGAGUCAAGUCCUCAGUCGCAAACUCAGAGGGCAGGAGGAGAAAGGUGAGAAGGCUGAGGGGGGUGAGGAGGUGAAGAUCGUGGCGGUGGACCUGCAGGCCAUGGCUCCUCUACCAGGAGUCACUCAGAUCCAAGGAGACAUUACCAAAGUGUCGACAGCUCAGGAGAUCAUCCGCCACUUCGAGGGUCAGCCGGCCGACCUGGUGGUUUGUGAUGGAGCUCCAGACGUAACCGGGCUCCAUGACGUGGACGAGUACAUCCAGGCUCAGCUCCUAUUGGCUGCUUUGAACAUCACGACACAUGUCCUCAAACCAGGAGGGACGUUUGUGGCCAAGAUCUUCAGAGGUAAAGACGUGACUCUGCUGUACUCUCAGCUGAAGAUCUUCUUCAGUGGUGUUACCUGCGCUAAGCCUCGCAGCAGCAGGAACUCCAGCAUCGGUGAGCUGCUGACCAAUCACACGGCUCAAACAGGAGACAAACUCCGCCCCCAGCUCGUGUAGUGAUUGUUUAUACACCUGAGGCACUUGUGCACAGAA